UAGACUUUUAAUAAUAUUAUUCAUAUUUUUAUCACUAAAUGCAUUGAUUGAAGAGAGUUGAAUACCUUUGAAUCUAUACGUGUCAACGAAUAAUUCCCCUUUCAAGAAGCUUUCUUUCUUUGGUCUCUCAAAUCCCAGAAAUCAAAUUCAGUUUUUGAGGAAACAACUCAGAAGUGAUCAUCUUUUGGAGGCUGACCCUUUUAUUUGUUUAAUCUGCACUAUUCUUAAUCGAAGAGAUCACAAACUGCUAGCCUUUGUGCCAAGCGCUUAUAGCAGCCGAGGGACAAGUAUAUUGUUUUGAACAUCAAGGGAUCCAGUGAUGGAAGAUAUAUCUCCAGCUGUUGAAGCUACACUGAGCUUAAGUAGUUUGAGUCAUGAUGACUCAGAGAUUUCAGACAACGCGGAUAUAACUCAUGUGCAGAUGUUGACCGAUUCGGUAAGCUUGUUACUGGAUCCAGUAUCAGUGCUGCCUGCUGAAUCUUUUCCUGGUAAGGAAAGAAGUUUUAAUACUCUAAAGAAAACCUUGUCGGGAGUAGUAGAAAGUGAAAAAAUAAUUAGUGUAUCAGAGACUGUACUAAAAGGAGAUUGCGGCUGGUUUCCUUCUGACACAGUGAUUCAGCAGAACAAGGACAGUUUUGCAGAUGAUGGCAGUGGAAUUAAAAGCAAGCAAUCGCUAGCUCUAAAUGCUAAUUCAGGUAUAAGCCUGCCUAUUGCUGUAAAAAUUGAGGAGAUAGAUGAUGGUCAGAUUGUUGCUAAAGUUAUUAGCUUGGAGAAACAAAGUAUGGAGGGGAAGAUGUCAGGUACUGCAGAUGAUGCUAGUUCUAAAGUUUUCACUUUAAAGACAUCCGUUAUAUCUCUUCAGUUGCCCAAAGAAAUGAUUACUGAGAGUGGAGAUAGCAGGAAUGGUGUGCAAAUGGAUUAUUUUCCCCUAUGGGGUUCUGUCUCUAUCUGCGGUAAGAGGCCUGAGAUGGAAGAUACUGUGGCAGCUGUGCCUCAGUUUCUCAAAGUUCCUACUAAAAUGUUACUUGGUGAUCAUUUGACGACCGAGAUGAGUCAAAAUUUCCAUCCCAUGACAACAACUCAUUUUUUUGGGGUGUAUGAUGGUCAUGGAGGUUCUCAGGUCGCAAACUACUGCCGUGAUCACGUCCAUAUCACUCUAAAGGAGAAGUUAAAAGGUGUCAUGGAAAAUGAAACUGAAGCAGGAACGGUGGACACUCUACAAGUACAGUGGGAGGAAAUCUUCACCAGCUGCUUUCAAAAGAUUGAUGAUGAAGUUGGAGGUAAAGUGUGUCAUACUGAACUUGGAGAAAAUGCCGAUACUUCUAGUGGUCAUAUAGAACCUGUGGCCCCAGAAACUGUUGGGUCUACUGCUGUGGUUGCAUUAUUAUGUUCAUCCCAUAUUAUAGUUGCAAACUGUGGAGAUUCAAGGGCCGUCCUUUAUCGUGGAAAAGAAGCCAGGGCUUUGUCAAUUGAUCAUAAACCAAACCGAGAAGAUGAAUAUGCAAGGAUUGAAGCAUCUGGGGGCAAGGUUAUACAGUGGAAUGGACACCGUGUUUUUGGUGUACUUGCAAUGUCAAGAUCUAUUGGUGACAGAUAUUUGAAACCAUGGAUUAUACCCCAACCAGAAGUUAUGAUUAUACCACGAGCUAGAGAUGACGAGUGCCUUGUAUUGGCCAGCGACGGUCUGUGGGAUGUUAUGACAAAUGAAGAAGCUUGUGAAGUGGCUAGAAGACGUAUCUUGCUCUGGCAUAAAAAGAACGGACCCAUUACUAAUUUAAACAGAGGUCAAGGAGCUGAUCCUGCUGCUCAUGCAGCAGCAGAAUACCUCUCAAUGCUUGCUCUUCAGAAGGGAAGCAAAGACAACAUCUCGGUGAUAGUAGUGGACUUAAAACCACAAAGGAAGUUCAAGAACAAAUCAUAAAUAUAUUGACAACUACGCAUUUCUUACACCAUAUAAUGUAGCUCCUAUAAUAAUUAUAUAAGUUUGGUCCAUUCAAUUUUUUUAUAUGGGCUUACUGUGUGUAUCAGAGCAGUCAUUACUAGAUAGCUUGAUUGUAGUAGAAAUGCCAGGACAGCAUUUUUUUUAAUUAUUAUUAAUGAAUUUUGUGAUUCACCAUACCAAAA